GCACUUUUCAGAAAUAUGCUCAAAUUAAUGCAAUACGUGACGCGAAAGUCGUGCGAGAGCAUCGCACGGCCGGCGUGUAGUUGGCACAACUUAUUGAUUUCACCAAGCAGUGCGGAAAAAUGUAUAACGCAACGUCGCCAUUUUCUUUUUUCCUCGACCAACAGAACGACCAGCAGCAGUUUCGCUUUGCUCUGCACAGAACACCCACAACAGUUCCACGGGAGUCCGAGUAGUCCCAGUCGCCAGGAGUCGAGUCUAUCCAAAGUAGUAUUACUACCCAGUAUCUCCCAGGCACAGCAGCGUGCGUUUCGAUUGUCACCCAGACGACUUGAAACGUCAAGAACAUCAGCAGCCCCAGACUCUCUCCCAGAAGCAGACGAGCAAGACACUGUGUCCAAACGUGCGAGGAAAUCGCCUUUUACUUAUCCACACGAGAAUACAGAGGAAAUCAAAAUUGAAGGAGUAAUGGCACCACACGAUCGUGAUUUCGGUCAAAAUGCACGCGGCCGCGGUGACCGCGGUGGCGGUGAUGAUCGUCGCGGCGGAGGUGGCGGCGGUGGAGGAUCCCGCUUUGGCGGUGGUGGCGGCGGCGGCGGUGGCGAUUACCAUGGCGUCCGCAAUGGACGGAUAGAGAAGCGUCGCGAUGAUCGCGGCGGCGGCGGUGGUGGAGGCGGUGGAAAUCGUUUUGGCGGCGGUGGCGGUGGAUUCGGUGGCGAUCGUCGCGGAGGCUUCGGCAGCCAGGAUCUGCCCAUGCGCCCAGUGGACUUCUCCAAUCUGACUCCGUUCAAGAAGAACUUCUAUCAGGAGCACGCCACUGUGGCGGCCCGCACGCCGUACGAGGUGCAGCGUUAUCGCGACGAGCACGAGAUAACCGUGCGCGGCCAGGCCCAGAAUCCCAUUCAGGACUUCUCCGAGGUAUACUUGCCAGAGUACGUGACGAAGGAGAUCCGCAGGCAGGGCUACAAGGAGCCAACACCCAUUCAGGCGCAGGGCUGGCCCAUCGCGAUGAGCGGCUCAAACUUUGUGGGCAUUGCCAAGACCGGCUCGGGCAAGACCCUGGGCUACAUUCUGCCCGCCAUUGUGCACAUCAACAACCAGCAGCCGCUGCAGCGCGGCGACGGACCCAUCGCCCUGGUGCUGGCGCCAACGCGUGAGCUGGCCCAACAGAUCCAGCAGGUGGCCACCGAAUUCGGUUCGUCCUCCUACGUGCGCAACACCUGCGUCUUCGGAGGCGCCCCGAAGGGCGGCCAGAUGCGUGAUCUGCAGCGCGGAUGCGAAAUUGUCAUCGCCACACCCGGACGUCUCAUUGAUUUCCUCUCAUCGGGCGGCACGAAUCUGAAGCGCUGCACCUACCUGGUGCUCGACGAGGCCGAUCGCAUGUUGGACAUGGGCUUCGAGCCCCAGAUCCGCAAGAUUGUCUCCCAGAUCCGUCCCGACCGACAGACCCUCAUGUGGAGUGCCACCUGGCCCAAGGAGGUCAAGCAGCUGGCCGAGGAUUUCCUGGGCAACUACAUCCAAAUCAACAUCGGUUCCCUCGAGUUGUCGGCCAAUCACAACAUUCGCCAGGUGGUCGAAGUGUGCGAUGAGUUUAGCAAGGAAGAAAAGUUGAAGAGUCUCCUGUCCGACAUUUAUGACACCAGCGAGAAUCCCGGCAAGAUCAUCAUCUUUGUGGAGACGAAGCGACGCGUGGACAAUCUGGUGCGCUUCAUUCGCAGCUUCGGCGUGCGCUGCGGCGCCAUUCACGGCGACAAGUCGCAGUCGGAGCGUGACUUUGUUCUGCGCGAAUUCCGUUCGGGCAAAUCCAACAUUCUGGUAGCCACCGAUGUGGCGGCCCGUGGUUUGGAUGUGGAUGGCAUCAAGUAUGUCAUCAACUUUGACUACCCACAAAACAGCGAGGAUUAUAUUCAUCGCAUUGGACGUACGGGACGUUCGAACACCAAGGGCACAUCCUUUGCCUUCUUCACCAAGAACAAUGCCAAGCAGGCCAAGGCGCUUGUCGAUGUGCUCAAAGAGGCUAACCAGGAAAUCAAUCCUGCGCUGGAGAAUCUUGCCCGCAACUCCCGCUACGACGGUGGCGGUGGACGCUCCCGUUAUGGCGGUGGUGGCGGCGGCGGCGGCGGUCGCUUCGGCGGCGGUGGCUUCAAGAAGGGCAGCAUUAGCAAUGGUCGCGGCUUUGGCGGCGGCGGCGGUGGUGGUGGCGGCGGCGGCGAUGGUGGCCGGCACACGCGCUUCGAUUAAGAGCAGACAGAAACUAAUUAGAAACAGGAGAUUUCAUCAGUAGCAAAAAACAAAAAACAAAAAACUAAAACAGCGCUAGGCCCUAAGUUAAAUUAAGUUUGUAGCCUAAGUUUAAGUUUUUCGUACUUUUCAUCGCUUUGUGAGGAAAGAACUAAUACCCCCCAUACCCCUAACCGGAUUUGGACUAGACUCUCAGCAACACAAACUACCCACACAUUGAACAUAGCGACUUUAUGUUUAAAUUUGAUUUGUGAAGUGUAAAUUAUUUGUCGCUGCCCCGGCCAGACCUUUUCCAAACUGAAAUUGAAACUGAAACUGCAGCAGAAGGAAGCGCCAAGCCAACAAAACUCUUAACCAAUUUUCAAAUAUGAUGUGAUAAUUUCUUAAUUUAAUGCAAACCAACGUAUCACUAAAAACUAAAC